GACUAGGGAGGAUCCGUUUCUUCGCUUUAGCAGCACUGCGGUUCGGGUUGCCAGCGUUUAUCAAUUGCAGCCAAUUACGACACAAUACACGUUACAAAACUGGCCGUUGAACGUCUUGUGUGAUCAUCGGCGAACGUUUUACUUUGUACGAUACUCCAGCCAACCGCCGAAGAUGCCAGAAAACGUGCUUAAUGGUGACCACGUUGACGUAAAAGGUGCCAACUGUGAACCUCAAGACAAUGAUGAAGAGAACACUGAAAAUGAUGUACACUUUGAACCCAUAAUAUCUUUACCCUUAAUAGAAGUAUCCAACAAUGAAGAGGACGAAAUAGAGAUGUUAAAAUUGAGAGCAAAAUUAUAUCGUUAUGAUACAUCCAGUAAUCCAGCCGAAUGGAAGGAACGUGGCACAGGAGAGGUUAAGUUAUUAAGGCAUAAAGUGAAAAACACAGUCAGAGUUGUCAUGCGCAGAGACAAAACUCUUAAGAUCUGUGCUAAUCAUUUUGUAACCCCAUGGAUGGAAUUGAAGCCAAAUUGUGGCAGUGAUAGGGCUUGGGUCUGGAGUGUACUUGCUGAUUAUGCAGAUGAACAACUCAAGCCAGAAUUGCUUGCGAUACGUUUUGCAAAUGCUGAAAAUGCUUUGGUGUGGAAGGAAGCAUUUGAGAAAGCUAAGAAGAUUGUAGGAUCCGAAUGCGAGAUUUACGCCGGUAAAAGCAAUCCGGAACAGAAACGCGUGGAGAGUGACAGCGAGUCAAGUAGUGACGUAAGUUACAGCGAAAGUACCGAUAAUGAGGAGCCAACGAAAUCGCCCGUUAAACAUAUCGACGGGAAUAACACUACCUCUCAGCAAAAGGAAACUGAGAAAGAGGUGACGAAGUCAGCGGAAGAUAAAUGCGAAGUAACAAAGAGCGAGGAGAAACUAAUCGAAGAAAUUAAGAAGUUAGAGGUGAAAGAUGAAGACGAGAAAAAGUAAUGAACCCCGCAAUAUAUCCACGGACAAUGGACUUUGUUAACAGACAGCACAUUCCGAUAUUAUGUGCGCCAAUGUGCAUAUAUUACAUGCCACCAACGCUUCAUUAUUCAAGCAUUGAAUAUACAUAGAUACAUUUUUUAGCGACGACGUUGUGGACGAGUUGAAUAAAUUUCCAUGUUACUCGAUAUAAGAUAGUAUUUGUACAAGCGAUGCAUAUUAUCUGUGAUUUUUUUAAACCGGGAGUAGAAGAGGAAUCGAUGCGAGAUAGUAUCUUUACCGGAAUGAACGCGGGGGAAGGUGCGUCAAGCAUUAGGGAAUGCUGAACGAAUAAAUACAACGACAAACUGCACGCACAAGAAACUUCUCGCGUUUUAUUUCUUAUUAUUCUAGAAAUUACUCUUUCGAGAAUUCAAGACGAUUUGCGGAUUAUAUCACAUGUUCGUUCGUUUGUUAAUGAUUACAUCGUGUAUGCUUUGAAAAAUAGCAAACAGCGUGUUGAGGAGACCGCAGAUAUUAGUGUGUGUGCGUAAAUGUGAGCGUGUAUCACGAUAUCGGUAUAAAAUUGAUGAAAUUUUUAUUUACUUUGUUUACAAUAUAACAUCUUAACCCACAACCUAUCAAAAUUGUCCUUUUCUUUUAGAGAAUUUUCAGUUUUUUUGAUUGUAUGUAAUUUUUAUGCGAUAGAUUAAACUGUAGUAUUACUUAA